AAGCUUAUUCUGCUUCCCACUAAAACAGAGGUUUGGUUGAAGGGAAUACCGUAUUACGGGUGUAUUCCAUUCCGGCCUUAAGCAGAAAAAUUUGAGGAUUUCUAUUCCCUUCCCUCUUCACCGUUUACCCAUUCCGUCCCAAAUCAACCCUAUUUUACCCUCACAAAUUCUCACCUCAAAAACACUCAACGGCAACCAUUUCUUGCUUCCUCCGACUCCGGCAUUCCUCCCCUUCAUCCAAGGUCAGGUGAACAUUUUUUGGCUAUCGCCAUCUUCAUCUUCAUCUUCCUUCUAGUUGAACCUCCUUAUUUACGUCUCCCAAAUCACUCUACUCCGAUUUGCUCUUCUUUCGCCAAACAAACGCGAGAUUUGUAGAUUUAUUUCUCGUCUAUCUGCCUCCAAAUCAAUGGGAUAAUGAUAGAUUUUGCAAUCAUUAUCGACCUGGGCAACUAGAUACAAGAAGGUAUGGUGAGCAAUAUGCUAGUAAAGGAGAAGAUGCAGACUGUGCUUUGCUUCUUGAGCAGACACCUUUCUACAAAGAUCUGGUAUCUUUCAUUUGAAUUUUGUAUUAUCUCAUCCUAGUCAUGUGGAUUGGGAAAUGUAGCAUUGACAAAUGCUACAGGCUGCUGUGGCUGUUCAAGCAGGUGUAUGCGUGGACAUUUUUGCUGUUACAAAUGAGUAUACAGAUUUGGCAUCUCUUAAAUUUCUUAGCAUAGAAAGUGGUGGCUCUUUGUUCUUAUAUGCAAAUACAGAUGAUUCAACACUUCCUCAGGACAUGUACCGAAUGCUAAGUCGACCAUAUGCUUUUACUUGCGUACUAAGAUUGAGGACAUCUACUGAAUUCAAGCUUGACCAUUCUACAUUCUUCUGAACUACCUAUAGUGCAGAUUGCAUUUCAGUACACUGUUGUUGUGCCCCCUGAGGAACUCUCGAGUUUAGGAUUGGUGUCUUCUAGUAUGACUUAACAAAAAGACCGUGUUACAUGGAUCAUUGUACAUAUUCCCUUGUUCAUUACCAAAUUCCAGUACUCCCCAAACCAAAUGGUUGGAGUUGGUAUUAGAGUUUAAUUUGUAAACUAUAGAUAGAUGUAGGCAUUGAGAAACCAUUUUUUUGGUUAGAACAUCAAAUAUAUAUGUAACUUUUGUUAAUAUAUGAAUAAUAUAUUUGGAUGUGAAAUAUAAUUCUCAAGUUAUUUAUUA